AUGGCAACGUUACGAGCUGACGCUGAUGUUCUAAAAUGCAGUGCGAAUAUAAAUUUCCAUGAACGUCAAUUGUCUACUCUUUCCAACAAUGCACUGGCUACUUGGGGUACUGAACAUUCAGGUGAUCUCGACUAUAGAGUGGAACUAGCACGUCGUAUUGCUUGUACCUUUAAUAAUGCAGAACAACUGAUUAUUUUCGAUGAUAUCACCAUACAAAUACUCUCAUUGAGAUCUGAUAGUUUUGCCAAUUUUCGAGGGUUCGAUCGUUCACUUCUUCCUGCUCUUUGGCUAUCAACUGGAUUUCGAUUGGGUGGUCGUAUUCUCGUUUAUGCACCACCGAACUCUGUUGAAUUGCAUGCUUAUUUAAAACUGAAAUACCUUAUUGAACAACAUUUGCAACGAGUAAUACGCAUUGAAAUUCUAUACGAACAUUUGAAUGGUAAUCUUAUUGAAUUGAUUCAAUUAUUUCAAGAUAAACCAGAACAAUAUAAAACUCUAUGCGAAGAAUUUGCUCAACAAACAUCUAAAGCCUUAUAUCCAAAAUACCAUAUUGAUAUGUUAAAACGAAAUAUGGAAAUAAUUACAAAAGAUGUUCAGCAAUCAUUUGUUUUUCCAUACGAUAUGACUGAAUUACAUCGGAGUGAACUCCAAAAAUAUUCCGAUCGCUUAUCGUUACCGGACAUAUCGAAUAAUGAUAAAGCUCGGCAUCAUUUUUUUCUAAAAUCAAAGGGAUUCGCAGAUUUGCCACGACUGAUAGCAGUUUCAGUAGAUGGUUCGUUAAUCAACACUUAUGAAGAAUAUACAAACGUAAUCAAACGUCCCAAUAUUUAUGAGACGGUCAACUCUCCACGUAAUAUAGAGAUCUUUGCUCAAGCUAUCAUAGAAGCAAUUAAUCAAUUAAAACAUAGGUUCAAUUUAUCCGCGUUCGUUAAAUUAAGCUCCAGUGGUGCAGGUGGUUGGUCGUCUAUGAGUCCAAGUGUACAUUCAAUUAUCUACGAUCUUGAGAAAGAUCAACAAGAACGUUUGGUCUAUUUGCAGCAAUACAUUCGAGCUACUAUUACUGAUGAAUUGCUACCAGAGAUGGCUGUAGUAGAAGAAUUGAUCGAGCCAGAAAAGCGACCAGGUGAUAUUGAUGCGGAUUAUACCGUUUGUGGUUUUGUUCUUAGUGGAACAUUUUUCCCUACAUCGAUUAAUCUUUGUGGAACAGAAAACGGAGCAUACAUUGAACAAUGGACUUCAUCGUUGCCGACUGGCAUGCAUGAUUCGUUGGCAAGUUGGUCGAAAAUGUUUCGGAUCUAUUCACAGAUGGUGGACUUGGAAGCCACCGAAUUCGGUUAUAGGAAUGGAAUCUAUGCCGGUGAUUUGUUUAUUACGAAAGAUGCUCAACUAAAGCAACGUGAUUGGAAUAUACGUCGCGGCGGACGAUCAUCCCCUGAGACACUGAUUAUCUUCGGCAUGCCAAACUACGAGACAAAAGUGACUUUGCAUAUGAGUGAUCUAGGACUAGAUGGCAAAAUGAAUAAUUUAGAAUUAUUUCAGACCUAUACUCAUAUAUGUGCUCAAUUAUCAAAAGACUACGGAAUAUAUACGUUUUCAUCGCCUUUUGGAUAUUUUGGUAAAAGUAGCGACCACGGUGAUACUCUUAAAUUUCAACUUCUUAUUCAUCCAAAAUUCUUAGUGCAACUUGAUGAAAAUGGAGAAAAAAACCAUUUAAACAGGCGUCAACAUCGCAAAAAAGUAAUCGAACUUGUUAAAAGCACUGCCAUGAAGAUUCUUCCAAGUGGUCUUGUUGAAUAUUAA